GCUUGCCUCGUCCGUAUGUUUAGCGGCACCACGUGGCUCACGUCCAGCAAUGUCAAAAAGUAACGACACCAAAGCUCACACCAGUCACUCCGCCACCACAAAUCAAGCAUGGCGUCGAACUUCUGUUGUAUCGCAGAGCAGGAGGGUCGACCGGACUCACCAGAGUUACCCAAUGCUCGUCUAAACGGCACUACGCCUGCAAAACAACCUCUGUUACCAAAGCUACCUGGGUCCUCAAACUCUCGCUUUACGAGCUUUCGAUCCGACGAACUUCACGAACUUCACCAGAUCUUCGAUCGUGCUCAAGAUGGCGCAGACGACAACACCACUCCUGCCCGGGCAUCUCGUGCACGGUUCAGCCGUGCAUCGGUCUACAGCCUGCACAGCUUGCACAAGAUGACAAGCAUGCGUUCCUUGAUAAGGCGAAGGUUUUCGCGAGAUCUGACAAAGAAAGAAUCGGCCUUCGAGAUCCACACCGAGGCAACGGAGAGCGUCAUCACGAGCGAUCACGACACUGUGGUCAAGAUCUCGAAGAUCGAGGCUACUCAGCAACUUCAAAUCACGAAGCACGACCUGCGCAAGGAUCUACUCAGCGAUAAGAAGCCAGAUCAAGGCGGUUACGACUCGGAUGCUGAGAUACUUGGCGUUUUAGCACGUAAUGCCGGCAAGAAAACACCCAGCAAAAGAGCGAGCAUACACACCGUCCGAUGGUCACCAUCUACUGGCAGCAAAUCAACGCCAGAAUCUUCAACCAAAAGCCGCACCGAUGGUGAACGUGGUCGCCACGAAAUACCGCCUUACCAGAUCCAGAAGCCUCCAGCUGUCUCACUGGCCACCCGCGUCGGCCAUGUCUUCAGCACACCGAACCUACGCGUAGACGUCUCAGGUGGGAGAAACUGUGCGUUUAGACGCUCUCAGUCUGCCACGUCAAUAGGUCUUCCACAAGUGCUGCCUCUGUCACCACUGUCACCGUUGCGACUUCCUAGUCUUACCGAUCAUGACCAAAACGGGAUCCCCUGGGCUGAAACAAUCAAUGAAAGUCUUCGUCUCUCGCAAUUCCCACCCCCACCAGAUCAUCUUAGUCCUCGAGGCUCACAAACAUUACCACUGCCCGAUGAGGCCGUUAAAACAACACAAUGCGGGAGCCAAAAAUCUAGCCCUGAUGAAGGAGACCCAAUACAAAGACCGAGCAAGUUGGCUACAGCUGCUGCCCAACCAGUCGGAAUCCAUAUCCAACCACCGACUUCUAUGGCCAGUCCCCGCCCGAUCAACUUCGUUCGUGGCACACUCCAAACAAAUGCACAACCUCUUUACGUUGAGGAAGCCAACGAGAAAGAAUGUGAGAAGGAGGACAACUCACGUCAUUCGGUGCAUCUCUAUAGUAUGCGCAUCUCGCACCAUUUACGCUCCGGUUCACUGCUCUCAUGGGAGCAGCUAGCUGAUGCACCCGUACUCCCCUCACCAACGCAAACAUGCCAUGAUCGAACCACUUCCGAUCAGAGUGGCAUGUCCCAAAUGAGCAGGCAGAUAAUUAGACAUGAGCGGCAAACGUCCAGCUCAGAAUUCGCGAGCUCACAGGUGCCAUCUAGAUGGGGCAAAGUCUUGCUUGGGGAUCACGACGUCCGAAGCGAUAUGGCAUCUUCCAUCUAUUCAAGCCGACCACAGAGCCCCCCUGACAGCUUUGUCGCAUCCUUGACUAGUUUAGGUCAAGUAGGCACGGCUUAUGACAACUCCACUGGUAAACCUAUCCAUCUUCCUCGAAUCCGUCGAUCGAACUCUCCCCCAACCGACAACGAGGAAACACCUCGGGCGGCACCACGAUAUGGGUCUUCGAACCUGAGAUCUGUACAAGGUGCACCCUUGACGGAGUCUUUGUCAGGAACACCUGUAUCACUGGCACGAAAAAAUAGCGUUGCAGAUACCAAGAAGUCCAAGUUCCGCGAAGAGUUCAGCCCUUCCCCACCGCGAAGGAGGAUUGCCCCAUCUGAAUCGAUUGUCAAGUUCCUGAACCUGAAGCGACUCAGUGGUAGAAGCCAGAGCGCAGCAUCUCUGAUACCUGAACCUCUUAUUCAAAGAGGUGACGCUACCUUCGAUGAACUCGACGUUCCGACCAGCCGAGAACGACGACAGUCGCAGUCUAUGAUGAGCCUACAAGCGGAACAGAGUGCUUCAUGCAAAUUCAAGGGCCCCAAUCAUGUUUGGGACCAAGCACUGAAAGCCCAUCAAGAAGAGAAAGCAUCUUUAUUCUUACCCAUAAAUCGCGACCUGGCUGCACGUGCCAGUCCCUUCCGCGAACGCAGCGGAAGUGUUAUGACUCGCCAUAGCGCGAACGAAAGCAGCGCUCCAGUAACGUCAGAUCCUCGGACUGUAUCUGGGAAUCUUUUCACUCCAUCAUAUAGUCCGUCUCCGAUACCGAAUCUCUACACAGAUGAUGAGCUGUGCCAUUCCCGUUUCGUCUCACGAAGAAGUGCCAUAACGGACGUCAAGGCAGGAAGCGUUGAUCGAGAGGUCUCCGUCAUUUUCGAGAAGCAAGGUGAUAACCCUGAUAUCGUAGGAGCAUGGGGUCGAUAUCCUUCGCAUACUCGCGAAGAUCGCGCCAACUCCGCCAGCAAAUCAGACCGUGUGGCGAGCCGCGAUUUUGCGCUCGAAGCUGCGAUCAAGUUUGCAUCCGCUCAAUAUGUCGAUGAAGAUAUGAUCGAUCCCACUGAGCGUAUACCCUCUACGCCACUGACACCAGGAGAUAAGAGGAGAAAGAAGAAAGUAGGCGGUGAACGUAUGGCAAAAAGCAACUCUAUGACGUUUGGCAAGAUGUUCAUGAAGAACUAUUCGAACAUUUUCAAGAGCUCUUCCCUUGAGUUCAGGAAGCAUGGGCGAAACCAUCGCAGUUCCAUUGCAACUGGCGGUGUGUUGGAGUUUCCAGAGCUUGAGCUACUUCCUGAAGUAGGGAAACAGGGAUACUCUGUUGAUGGUAGUAGCUAUGGGAGUCUUGGCCGGCACCACUCAACGACAAGACGUCGUCGUACCAGUGAUGGUCAUCCCGCAAAUGAGUUGCAGAUGCUUGAUUCUUCGACUACGUUGCGGCCUAGGCGGAAUUCUUCAGCACCGAAUCUCAACUUGCUUACUUAUGACGGUACGAAUGAAGAUCAGCAAGGAAAAGAUAACGCUCGCGUCUGGUCCAUCUACUACGAUGAUUGCGUUCCCUCAUAUCCUCGCGCUAGUAUCGACAGUUUUGGUCCAGCUCGGUUCGCUUUCGAGAGCCGAAACCCAUCUUUGCGAUCACGCACCAUGCUUGGGCGCUCAACAAAGCACUCACGCGACAACAGUCGGUUGAGCUACGCCAGUUUUGUUAGCCGAGGAAGUGCACGCCCAUAUGCCAAGCCUCAGGAAGAGGAUGAUGACUUCGCAGAGAAGAAGAGCGUGGUCAGCGUUCGGCACAGCACUAUGGAUUUGAUAUCGAAGUUCAAAGAACAAGAGAUUGCCGAGCAUGAGAGAGUGCUCUCUAUGGGAAGACCAGGGAGCCGUUACGGGAGUGGAGCAUUGGCAGCGCUGUAGGCUUGUGGGUUGGACGACCGGGUCGUAUGCGAUACGUUUGUAUUCCUACUUGCAAGUCUGUAUGGAUAGAAACAAUUAUGUCUUUCUCCGAACGAGG